AACCAAUUUUGGGACAUUCAACUGUGGUUAAUUGCCGCUGUUUUAGUAUAUUUAUGCUCUCCUAAUGAUCAGUUAUAGUAAUAGUCUUCUUCCCGUUAACCGACCCUGAUCUAUAAAUCAAGGUAUCCAUUUAAUACAAUGGCAGCAGAUGAUGUGCCAUGCUGUGAGUCUAUGUUCUGGGUGUAUCUAGUUAUUUGUAUGGUUCUUGUAUCAUUUGCUGGCAUAAUGUCUGGCCUUACCCUGGGGCUCAUGUCCCUCAGUCUUGUUGAUCUUGAGGUUGUCAUCAAGGCAGGUCAACCUCGAGACAGGAAGAAUGCAGAGAAAAUUCUACCUAUCGUUAAGGAUCAGCACCUACUCUUAUGCACCCUCCUUAUAGGCAAUGCCUUGGCAAUGGAGGCCCUUCCAAUCUUCCUUGAUUCCCUUCUAUCCGAGUGGUGCGCUAUAUUGAUAUCAGUUACCCUCAUACUGGCGUUUGGUGAGAUCAUUCCUCAAGCUGUAUGUUCUCGCUAUGGUCUGAGUGUUGGAGCAAAACUCUCAGUUUUAGUUCGGUUCAUUGUAAUAGUCCUCUUCCCUGUAGCUUACCCAAUUAGUAAGCUGCUAGAUUUGCUGCUAGGGGAAGGGCAUUCUGCACUCCUUCGGCGAGCUGAGCUCAAGACACUGGUAGACAUGCUUGGAAAUGAGGCAGGGAAAGGUGGAGAAUUGACGCAUGAUGAAACAACCAUUAUCUCUGGAGCUCUAGAUAUGACACAAAAAAUGGCCAAAGAUGCUAUGACUCCCCUAUCUGACGUUUUUUCACUUGACAUAAAUUCUAAACUCAACGAGAAAACGAUGGGGCUAAUAAUAAGCAAUGGGCAUAGUCGUGUACCUAUCUACUCAGGGAGCCAAGCAAAUAUCAUUGGCCUCGUACUGGUGAAAAAUCUGAUCAUGUACCGUCCCGAAGAUGAAACCCCUAUUACGGAUCUUUCUAUUAGGAGCAUUCCUAGGGUUCAUGAUCGCUUACCUCUCUAUGAUAUAUUGAAUCAAUUUCAAGAAGGCCACAGCCACAUGGCUGUUGUUGUUAAGUGCAAGAGUGAUAUAAUAAAUGAGACUGCAGAAACUGCAAAAACAAAAUCUAGCAUUCCCGAUAUAAAAAUCCGCUCAAAUUCUAAAAAGAGAAAGACAGAGGUGAAAGGUAUAAUUUCAGUUAAUAAAAAUGAUAUAUAUGAGCUUAUUAUCACCCUAUUUUCAGGCAUUGGUCAGCAUCAAUAUGAUCGAAAUGAGCAGCUUAGUAUUCCUUCAAGCUCACCGUCUGCAAAUUCUACGGUCAUUGAUAUCCAAAGUCCAACUUUAAACAUGGAGCUAGGCAGGAAAUUACGUCCGAGAAUUAAGAAAUGGGAACAGACAACCCUCUCAAAUGAAGAUUUGGAAUCAUUUCCAAAUUUAGAUGAGGAAGUUCUUGGUAUCAUUACACUGGAGGAUGUUAUGGAGGAACUGCUGCAGGAGGAAAUAUUGGAUGAAACUGAUGAGUAUGUUGCCGUUCACAACACGUAAGCUCUAAUUUUAAUUUCAUUUGAUCACCAUUAACUUGUUAUAAUUAAUUCCAGGAUGUAAUUUUCACACUCCUUUAUCUCCCCUUUAGAAUCACCAUCAACAUGCAACCUUCACGAAGAUCACCGUUAAGAUCUCCCGGAGCAGCAACGGCAUCUCAACUUCACUGGAGAAGUCCUGUGCCAUCCCCAAUUUCUUCAUGUCAUGGAAGUUCACUUUCUUCAAAGACUCAUUCUCCAGCACUUUGUUCACCAAUUUCAUCAAACGUUCAGUCACCACUCUCCAACCCAACUGUGUGUGCUUCCCCUGGGAAACCUACACCAUCCCCACAUCAGGUACCGAGAAAAUCAUGUGAGAGGCUGAAACAUGGUUCGUAGGUUUCAAUGAUAACGAGUUUCUGAAAAUAAACAUGUAAAUGUUUAUUUAUAGAUGGGAAUUUCUCAUUCCAUUGAAUAAUAUGUGGGUCCAUAAAACGUAUUUUGGGAACUACUUUAUUUUGUUGAGAUUUAAGUAUAUCUUUAUUAUUGAUGAUGUCGUUUCUUCCUUUUUUAAUGCACUUAACCUAUUAUCCGCCGUACAUUUAGCUUGCAUUAUUAAGAUUAUUAAAUUAAAUAUAUAUUCAAGAAAAAAAAUAGAUCUAUCACAUCAGUCGGAUAAUUGAUUAGUAUUAUCUUAAUCAAAAUAUUUAAUAUAUAUUGAACUUGUCGUCAACAAUUCUCAAUCAUAUACAGAGAAGGGUCCCAUAUAAAAUUAAGAAUAUAUAAAAACAAUGAGUAGGAAUGAGCCCU